CAAUUUUAAACGUUUUCGACAGCGAACGAUACAGAACUUAACUAAAAUUAAAAAGAGAGAAUACGUUUUUUUUCGCGAUCGUAGUUGAUCUAAAAACCCCACACAACCGAACUAACAACCACAGCAACAACCACUUCUGCGGCUAAACAACUUCACGGGACUUGUGCAAAGCGCAGUCGAAACUAAAAUUAAAUUAAACAAAAAAAAAAACAUAAAAAUAAAACCUAAUUCGUAAGCGUUAACAAAACCAAGCAGUGAGAUUAAUUACUAAGCGAACAACAGCAACCAUUUAACAAGGAAAAAACUCAACCAACAAAACAAUACAAAAAAAAAAUCGCGUUACCCCGAAAUCGAAACCGGAACCAAAAGAACAAAAAAAAACCGAAAGCAAAAUGACCAACGCCAUGGAUAUUGUGAAGAACGGCAGCGCUAAUGGCUCCGUGGAUGGCAGCAAUGAUGAGUCGCGCACCAAUUUGAUCGUCAACUAUCUGCCACAGACCAUGACGCAAGAGGAGAUGCGAUCACUCUUCUCGAGCAUCGGUGAGCUCGAGAGUUGCAAACUGGUGCGUGAUAAAGUCUCAGGUAAUUUGGUCUUGCCAGCAUCGUUGACCGCCCUCAAUCCGGCACUCCAGCAAGGUCAAAGCCUGGGUUAUGGCUUUGUCAACUAUGUGCGGGCCGAGGAUGCUGAGAAGGCUGUGAAUACCCUGAAUGGUUUGCGUUUGCAGAACAAAGUUAUUAAAGUAUCAUACGCCCGUCCAAGUUCAGAAUCUAUAAAGGGUGCUAAUUUAUAUGUAUCGGGUCUUCCGAAGAAUCUAUCACAACCAGACUUGGAGGGGAUGUUUGCAUCGUUCGGCAAGAUAAUUACAUCUCGUAUACUCUGUGAUAAUAUUUCCGGUCUAUCGAAGGGCGUCGGUUUUAUACGUUUCGAUCAACGCAACGAAGCCGAACGGGCCAUACAAGAGCUGAAUGGCAAGACACCUAAGGGUUAUGCCGAGCCGAUUACCGUUAAGUUUGCCAACAAUCCAAGCAACAGCGCCAAGGCCCAAAUUGCCCCGCCCCUGACCGCCUACUUGACGCCUCAGGCGGCAGCAGCCACGCGACGUUUGGCCGGCGCUCUACCAAACGCUGGUCGCAUCAGGUACUCGCCAUUGGCCGGUGAUCUGUUGGCCAACUCGAUAUUGCCUGGCAACGCCAUGACCGGAUCCGGAUGGUGCAUAUUCGUCUACAACCUGGCCCCGGAGACCGAGGAGAACGUGCUGUGGCAGCUGUUUGGGCCAUUCGGGGCCGUUCAGUCGGUGAAGGUGAUCAGGGACCUGCAGACCAGUAAGUGCAAGGGAUUCGGCUUCGUCACAAUGACCAACUACGACGAGGCUGUGGUGGCCAUCCAGUCACUUAAUGGCUACACCCUGGGCAACCGUGUGCUCCAGGUCAGCUUUAAGACUAACAAAACUAAAACUACUUAAGCGAAACUGAACUAGUGUCUAGGCCUAAGCGUAGCCCUCUCUCUCACUAACAAAAUACUCUAUGAUUUGACACUAACCGAGACUUUCCGUACGAUUGAAAGUUUGAUUUGCCAACGUCGACAAGUUGUAGUCAAAAUUACACAUUUACUUAUACAAAGAUAAAGAUAAUGAUAAAGUCAAAAGACAAAGAUAAACAUAAAUCAAAAUCAUGAUCAUGAUUGAUGGGAAAUAAGGUGAGGAAGAGGAGGAUUCAUCUAUGAUUUGAUUUGUAUGCUAAACGAAAUUAUUAUGAUUGUAAUUCUAAUGAAAACUUAGUGAAAAUUGAUUUGAUUCUGUGUGUGGUGUGUGCAUGCGAUAUGCAUGCACCAAUACUCGAAACUAUAUAAUUUAAUUUGAUUAAA